AUGGUACUAGACAGCACGCGGCCGGAGCCAACGGAGACCUCCCCACUGCUUGGUGAACGAGAUCAGGAUGGUCUGCCCGUCGAUCCCGACAACAGCAUCGCACCCGCUGGGCCUGCGCCUUACGACGAGACGGACGCGGAGGACAACGAGACCGAGACCGAUCUGGAGCGUCAGCCCAGCAACGGCGAUAGCUUCAAGCACCAGGGCCUGCCGGAAGUCAGGAAGCGGAUGAAGUACAUCUUCCCCGCCAUUGCAAUUGGCGUCUUCCUUUCUUCAGCAGACCAGACCCUCAUCGUCUCAACCUACGGCAUCAUUGGAACAGACCUGAAAGCACUCUCCUCCACGUCGUGGAUAGCAACCGGGUACUUCCUCACUCUCACCGCAUUUCAACCCGUCUACGGCAAGCUCAGCGACAUCUUCGGCCGCAAAGAAUGUCUCCUGGUGGCGUAUCUGAUCUUCGGUGUUGGCUCCGUGGCCUGUGGCUUUGCUCGAACCAUUGGCGAAUUGAUUGCAGCAAGAGCGUUUGCGGGUAUUGGCGGUGGCGGCAUGUCGGUCUGUACCUCCAUCUUGCUGUCUGAUGUUGUUUCUCUGCGCGACAGAGGGACAUGGCAGGGUUACAUCAACCUGGUGUAUGCAGUCGGUGCUUCCACCGGUGCUCCCAUCGGCGGCCUGCUCGCCGAGAGCAUAGGCUGGAGGUGGUCGUUCAUUGCCCAGGGGCCGCUUUGUCUUGCCGCGUUCGUCGCCGUCGCAGCUGUUCUCCAGCUACCCAGGCAGGAGGAGUCUCACUGGAGGGAGAAGCUUGCCAGAAUCGACUUCCUUGGCGCCUUCAUCCUCAUCGUUGCCGUCUUCGGUCUGCUCGUUGGCCUUGACCGCGGAUCAAACGUUGGCUGGAGCCGUCCCAUCACCAUCGCAGGACUUUGCACCACCCCGCUGUUUGUGGUUUUCGUGCUUGUCGAGAAAUACGUUGCAAAGCAUCCCAUCGCGCCCGGACAUAUCAUUCUCGACAAAUCGCUGAUAGCAUGCUACCUUUGCAAUUUCUUCUCGUUCGCUGGCUGGAUGGCAGCUAUCUUCUUCAUACCACUAUACUGGCAAGUCACAGGCGGCUACAGCGCAUCCCGAGCCGGACUCCUGCUUGUGCCGUCCAUCAUCUGUGGCGUCAGUGGUUCGCUGUUUGCCGGUAUCUACAUGAAGCGUACUGCAAAGUACUACUGGAUCACGGUCAUUGCCUACUCGCACCUGACGCUUGGCGUCUCGGUCGUCCUCCUUUUCGCCGGCGCGGUCAUGCGCAGUCUACCCGUCAUGGUCGUGGGGACAUGUGUCAGCGGAUUUUCAAACGGCAUCGGAGUAACCACGACGCUCAUCGGGCUCAUCGCGAACGCGUCGCACGCCGACCAAGCCGUCGCAACAGCAUGCAGCUACCUCUUCCGCUCCCUCGGCUCCGUCUUCGGCGUCUCCAUGUGCGCAACCGCCUUCAACCAGACGCUGCGCGCAAGCCUCGCCGCUGCGCUCCGCGGCGACAAGGACGCGGAGAAAAUCGCUGAGCGCGUGCGCGCCGGCCUCGCCUACUACAGGAGCCUGGAGCCCCAUCUGCAGGCGAUUGUGCGCGAGUGCUAUGGCAAGGCUACCCGGUCGGCUUUGGGCGUGAGCCUUGUGCUCGUCUCUGGCAGUGCGGUUUGCGCGUGGGGUAUCAACGAGAAGCGCUUGGAGAGGUGA